AUGUUUCGUGGCCCACGAUGGCUCAAGUCGAUCUUUGCUCGCGCAGCACGCUCGAUGAAGCGCGUGCCCGCGUGGCACUUCACGCCGCUCGCCGGCACCAACCUCGUCAUUGGCGCAGUUCCGACAGCGGACGAGCAGUUGCGAGAGCUGCAGGACGACGGGGUGACCGCGGUGGUCACCAUGAACCAGGCCUGGGAGCCGCAGGCGCCGGGUGGCGUACAGGCCGCCUGCGGGCGUGUGGGCCUGGCGCACCUCCAGUUGCCGACGCCCGACUACUCGUCUCCGAGCCAGCGGGAUAUACGCAGGGCCGUCGACUUCAUCGGGGCGCACGUCGACGAGGGCGGAAAGGUGUACGUGCACUGCAACGCGGGCCGCGGCCGCAGCGCAGUGUGCGUCCUCGCCUACCUCAUGGCUUCCGGCGGCCUGAGCGCGAGAGAGGCGUACGAGCUCGUCGCCGCGCAGCGGCGUAUCACGAACCUACCAUCGCGGCUGCUCGGCUUCCGGCGGCCGCAGUGGAGGGCGCUGCGCAGGUACGAGGCCGCGCUGGCAAAGAGAGGGGCAGCGACGCGGAGGGAGGAGGAGGGAGGGAAGAGGCCACCGCCCGCGCACGCGUUUCGAGGAGCCGCUUGGGGCGGCGGGCCGCCGCAGUCUGUGCCCAUGCCGCUCCGCGCACUGCCGCCACUACCGCCGCUGCCACCGGGAGAUUGCGACGUGGAUUGCUGA